GUUUUUGUUAUGCAUAAAGAACAGUGUGUUGAAGUACCUGUCAACGUUUCCGAAAAAAACGAGCUUUUGGUUCCAUUUAUAGAAUUUUAUUCAACUGUUGCUGUAAGUAGUAUAAAACGAAGAAAUGGAAGAAGUAAUCAAUCUCACUCAAUAUAA